AUGGCCUGUUCUGAGGCAGCAAUGGUAGCUUCAAGCCAUCUUAAAACCUUUAUUUUUUAUCUUUUCACUCAGCAGAACUUGACGGUGAAAGGUAGUCAGGAAAAGACAGUUUGCGUGGAAGGGUUACGGGGCCCUCCCGGUUCACCUGGACCUACUGGUCCCCCGGGCCCUUCCGGACCAAGUGGUAAAAGAGGAAGAAAGGGAACCGCGGGUCCCCCUGGACCCCAGGGAAAACGAGGCAGCAGAGGAUUACCAGGACCCCCCGGACCUGUAGGCCCGUCUGGUAAAUCAACACAACGUGAAGCAAGUCCUAGGAAUGGACGUCAGUUAGAGUCACCGCACUUUAUUGCAAAGCCCUCUCCUUCCGUGACGGUGAAAGAGAAACAAAACGUGAUAUUACCCUGCAAAGCAGCUGGAUUCCCUCCGCCGGUGAUCACGUGGUAUAAGGAUGGUCGCGUGAUGAAAGAAGAAAGAAAACAGUUUAAGAAAAGAAAUUUGGAAAUAAAGAACAUUUCGUUUGAAGAUAAUGGCAUCUACACUUGCACAGCGGAGAAUCUGUUGGGCAGAGUUCAGUUAUCAGUUAAUGUAACUGUGAAAGUACCAACAAAAUUCGUGACAAAACCAAGGAAAUCAGUAACCGCUUACAAGUCAUGGGACACAGCCCUUAAAUGUGAUAUCUUUGGCUAUCCCUUCCCAGUGAUCACGUGGUCAAGAUCACUCAAGUAA